AUGCAUUCUCCGAAACUCGCAUGCGCCCUGUUGGGUCUACAGAUGAGCAGUGCAUUCGCCGCCCCAAGUGUUGCAGUGCAGGAGCCAGGCAAGCAACUCGACAAGAGAAUCGGCUGCCCUGGCGGUGGAUUUCUGGUUUAUUCCGUCAACAACGCGGAUGGGUCCUACACCUUUUGCCUUGGCGUGGCAAGCGGCAUCGCCCUAGUCUGGACCGCUGGGAUCACCUCGGCGGCCGCGGCCGUGUAUCUCACCAACGCCUGGAGAAACGGCACCUGCGGCGCGCCAGUCUCUGCCACCGUCCAAGCCGGCAGCGACUCCAAACGGGCGCUGCCUACACCCACGGUCGAUAAGCGAACGCCAACGCUGGCGAAGCGUGACCCUGCGGUGACGGCCUACAGCUUCCAAGUGGAGAGCGGGUACGACUCGCACCAGUGCAACUUUACGCUGACCGAUGAUCAAUGGGCUCAAGCAGCGCAUGCCAUCUCGGAGUACAUGAUCGACUAUGAGGAUGAGUGCGUGCAGGUUAUUGUCGCCGGCGAUAGUGGAUACGAAGGCAACACGCUGACGUGA